UCAUCCUUCCCACCGCCUUCCUCCACUUCCUGGACUGCGCGGCCGGAGGCCUAGCGGGCACGCGCACGCACUACUUACUCGCCAAAGAGAGAAGGCCCUGGGGCACGAACAGCGACGGGUUGCGUCAUGUGACGUGGGGUGUUCUCGCGUGCGCUAGCGCGCGUCACCGGGUGGCGCUGACGGGCCUGCGCGCUUGUGCUGAGCCGGAGGUGGGGGCCGCACCAGCCGAGGUUGCGGGGGCCGCAGAGCCGGACGAAGACGGAGGGCGGAGCCGGUUCCGGGACUGCGGAGACUACACACCGAGCGAGCGGCUGGGCCCGAAGGGAGCGAUGCUGUGGUUCCAGGGCGCCAUUCCGGCCGCCAUCGCGACGGCCAAAAGGAGCGGCGCGGUCUUCGUGGUGUUCGUGGCAGGUGAUGAUGAACAGUCUACACGGAUGGCUGCAAGUUGGGAAGAUGAUAAAGUUACAGAAGCAUCUUCAAACAGUUUUGUUGCUAUUAAAAUCGAUACCAAAAGUGAAGCCUGCCUACAGUUUUCACAAAUCUAUCCUGUAGUGUGUGUUCCAUCCAGUUUCUUUAUUGGAGACAGUGGAAUUCCCUUGGAAGUAAUAGCAGGAAGUAUUUCUGCAGAUGAACUUGUUACAAGAAUUCACAAAGUCCGACAGAUGCAUUCGCUAAAAAGUGAAGCAUCAGUAGCAAAUGGCAGUCAGUCAGAAAGUUCAGUGUCUACUCCAUCUGCCUCAUUUGAACCUAACAACACUUGUGAGAACUCUGAGUCCAGAAAUGCAGAGCUUUGUGAGAUACUACCCACUUCUGAUGCAAAGUCAGAUACUGCAACAGGAGGAGAAAGUGCAGGCCAUGCCACUUCCUCUCAGGAGCCUAGUGGAUGCUCAGAUCGGAGACCGGCAGAGGACCUCAGCAUCAGAGUGGAAAGACUAACAAAAAAACUUGAAGAAAGGAGAGAAGAGAAAAGAAAAGAGGAAGAACAGAGAGAGAUUAAGAAGGAAAUUGAGAGGAGAAAAACUGGAAAAGAAAUGUUGGAUUAUAAAAGAAAACAAGAAGAAGAAUUAACAAAAAGAAUGUUGGAGGAAAGAAACAGAGAAAAGGCAGAAGAUAGGGCAGCUCGAGAACGUAUAAAACAGCAGAUUGCAUUGGACCGUGCAGAGAGAGCUGCUCGUUUUGCAAAGACAAAGGAAGAAGUAGAGGCUGCCAAAGCUGCUGCCUUGCUAGCCAAACAGGCAGAAAUGGAAGUCAAGAGGGAAUCUUACGCAAGAGAAAGAAGCACUGUUGCAAGAAUUCAAUUCCGUCUUCCUGAUGGUUCUUCCUUUACAAAUCAGUUCCCUUCUGAUGCUCCUCUAGAAGAGGCAAGGCAGUUUGCUGCACAGACUGUUGGCAACACUUACGGUAAUUUUUCGUUAGCAACCAUGUUUCCCAGGAGGGAAUUUACCAAAGAAGAUUAUAAAAAGAAGUUACUGGAUUUGGAACUUGCCCCAAGCGCUUCGGUGGUACUAUUGCCAGCAGGAAGACCAACUGCAUCCAUGGUACACUCUUCCAGCGGAGACAUUUGGACCUUGUUGGGAACAGUACUUUAUCCAUUCCUUGCCAUCUGGAGAUUAAUUAGCAAUUUCUUGUUUAGCAGUCCACCUCCCACACAGACUUCAGUGAGAGUAACAUCGUCAGAGCCCCCAAAUCCUGCAUCAUCUAGCAAAUCAGAAAAGAGGGAACCAGUGAGAAAAAGAGUGCUGGAAAAACGUGGAGAUGACUUUAAAAAGGAGGGGAAAAUAUACAGAUUAAGGACUCAAGAUGAUGGUGAAGAUGAAAACAACACUUGGAAUGGAAAUUCCACUCAACAGAUGUAGUGUGACAAGUAUAAUAUGUGCAAUAAUCAUUGUUUCUCUUAUGAUUUAAUUCAACUAAAAUUCUACUGGAGAAGUGGGACUGCUUUAUCUUUUCCAAUUGGUCUAUAAAAUGUCUCUCUAUUCCUGCUUAGUGGGUGUGGGUUGAAGGUGUUGGUAACUCAGAAAAGUAAAGACAGGAAAUAACUGUCUGCUAGGUCCUUGCUUAUACAGCAACCACUGGCUAGAAGCCUAAAAGAACCAAAAAGUCUGCCGCAGCCUGCCUCCAUCAGCUUCUUACUUAGUAUUUCAUAUGCCCGUUAGCCCUGUGCUGUCAGAUAACAUGUUUUGUUUAGAGCUACUUUGCGCCAAGACUCUUAAGCCCAAAGGAACUGGUAUGUCAGUGAGUAAUCUGACUCUGUGUCAGAGCAUUUUAACUAGCCAAUCAGAUGAGAAUUUAUGUUUAACUUCUCUUUUUGCUCAUCAGCUGCAAGCAAAAUCUUAUAGUUUUUGAUCUUUCUUAAACACUGAAUAAAAAAACUUUCCCAAAAAUUGGAAUGAUCUUAUUUUUGCUUUGAGUUUUGUUAUCUAGCAUCUUUUUGUUGCACAGGGCUCUCUGUUGAGGUCCUAUGUCUCUGUUUUGUUUUUUCCCCAGUAUUGCCCUGGAGCUGUCUCGGGAAAGUAGCUGGCCACGUUACCUUAAAUAUCACUGAAGAAAUUUUCUGACACACACAAACUGCUGCCAUGUGACUUGUCUCCUAAGUCAGUGAGGCAUCACUUUGUUUGCAUAAAGUUGAUGCAAAACAGCUGCUAGUCUGCAACCUAGCUUUCCCUCUCACCUUUAAUUGAAGUUUUGUCCUCAGUAAUUACAAGGACCUAGAGUACCUAUGGGACAAGAAGUAUAGACUAAAGAUAUGCCUUUAGUCAUUUGGUUUUUCUUAAGUUGAGAUUCUUAUCUGACUUACAUGUUACUUUAUCCAUAUGUCUUUAUUAGUGGAGACCACUGAACUAAUGAUGUUUGAAAACGGUUCCUCUGUUUUAGAUUGGAAAAUAGCACUCUUGAGUGGACAUAUGGAAAGACUGUGACUUUAUUUUGUAAUGAGAGGAAGAAAUUUUCUCAGAGCAAACUUUCUGUUUUACCUGUGAAAUAACAGCAACUUUUAAAAAUGGUGACAGUGUUGGCAAGGAAACAGCAACACAGGCUACGCUGUUGGUGGAGUGAAAACCGGUAUAAUUCUGAAAAACAUUUAUCAGAAACUUAAAAUAUUUCAUACUGUUUGAUCCAGUAGCUUUUUCUAAAUCAUAAAUGCAGACAACGUUUAGGUAUAGACAUAUUCAUUAAGUGUUAUUUAUUUUACUCAAGAACUGGAAACCAACUAAAUGCCUUCUAUAGAAAGUAAUUUUUGAUGAAGAGAGAUGGUACAAUACUAAUUAACAACUUGGUUUAAUAUGUUUACUGAGCAUCUGUUAAGUGUUGGGCAAAAGAAGCAGGAUCCAGAGCUAUAGGUACAGUGUGAUCUCAGCUUUGCAAACACAUUUUCUACAUAGAUAGUACUAGGUAUUAAUAUAUAUGUAAAGAAAGAAAACACACCAAAAUAUUAAUAAUGGUAAGAUUGGUUUAUGUGAUCUUAGUGGUAUUUUUGGCACCCUUAUAUGUUUUCCAAAUUUUCAGCAGUGAUAUUAUUUCCGUAACUUAAAAAGUGAGUUUGAAAAAGAAAAUCUCCAGCAAGCAUCCCAUUUAAAUAAAGGUUUGUCAUCUUUAAAAAUACAGCAAUAUGUGACUUUUUUAAAAAGCUGUCAAAUAGAUGUGACUCUACUAAUAAUUAUUAGAAAUACAUUUGGAAAAACAUGGAGUACCUCAAGUCAGUUUGCCUUGAAAAAUAUCAAAUAUAACUCUUAGAGAAAUGUACAUAAAAGAAUGCUUCGUAAUUUUGGAGUAGGAGAAUCCCUCCUCAAUUUUGUAUUUUAAAAAAGUACAUGGUAAAAAAAAAAUCACAACAGUAUAUAAGGCUGUAAAAUGAGAAUUCCUCCUCACCUCUUUACCCCAGUACUAUUCUCCAGAGGUAAUCUAUUAACAGUUUCUUAUGUAAUUUUCAGAAAAUUUGUAUGCGAAUAUAAGCAAAUAUGUAAUCUUUAUUUUUUAAAUAAAUGGGAUCAUAUUAUAUAUUCUA